AUGAGGCUUAUUAACUGCGCAACCCUGGGCUUCGAGGAGUUCAUCGGGAAGCAGGUACCUCCCUAUCUGAUCCUGAGCCAUACGUGGGAGACGUAUGAGAUAUCCUACAAAGACUACUGCAAUAUCGAUGAUCUGAGGCAGGAAUCCGGGCUACAUGUGGAGAAAAUCCUCAAGACUUGUGAUAUUGCGAAGGAGAAGGGAUACGAAUAUUUUUGGAUCGACACUUGCUGCAUCGACAAAAGCAGCAGUGCGGAGCUCACAGAAGCUAUCAAUUCUAUGUUCAAAUGGUACAGCCGGGCGGCGGAUUGUAUUGUAUAUCUGAGCGAUUUUGAUGUACGCGACCCGUCUGCUGACUUUGCUCGUUGUCGAUGGUUCACACGAGGAUGGACACUACAAGAACUGAUCGCACCCCGCCAAGUCCGGUUCUAUGACUCAAGGUGGCGCUACUACGGACGACGGCUCAACCUUGCCCCGGAAAUAUCACGCAUCACAGGUAUCGCACUCAGCGUGAUAAGCGGGCAUUUCAUAUCGCGCAGCCAUUCCAUCGCUGAACGUAUGUCUUGGGCCGCACAUCGCGAGACCACACGCGAAGAAGAUCUUGCUUACUGCCUUUUCGGCAUCUUCGGUGUCAACCUACCACUCCUCUAUGGCGAGGGUCCACGAGCGUUCAUGCGACUCCAAGAAGAGAUUUUAAAAGCUAGCGCAGACCUAUCCAUCUUUGCGUGGCGGGCAGAGGCCCCGGGGACCGCCUUUCGCGGCAUCUUUGCUCACUCUGUGCGAGAAUUCGCACACGCGAAGUCGAUCUUGUCGAACCCGCCUUCUGCGCAGUUUGCGGUCACCAACCGUGGCCUCCGCAUUGAAAGGCCGCUCCUCAGUUCCACAGGUCACAAUCUGCCGGGGAAUGACGCCGGGUUUUUAAUGUCCCUCGGUUGUCGCUAUAGUCACAUGGCACCGACUAAGCAUCUGGCUAUCUGGCUAAAGAAGUUAGGACCAGAAGGCACCCUUGUCCGCUUUUCAGUGGAUCAGCUUUCCAUUAUGGAUAGAAAGUGGCCAUCAAGUAAAGAGAUAGAUCAGCUGCAGUACAUUAUGAGAGACACGCUUGCACACGAAGACUGA